AGUGAAAGUAGGAAGCUCACAAUAGUGUGAAAAUGAAAUGCCGUUGUGAGGCGUUCGAUUUGCGAGCUAAACAGGCCUGAGUUACCCCCCUUAGAUUAUGACGUAAUUGGUGCCAAUUCAACUGGGUUCCUGUCUAUUCUCAGCGCAAAAUAUAUCAAGUACCAGUUUACGGUAAAACAACAUGGCCUACGAGUCCAGCUCAUCGUCUGAUAGUGAAGAAUUUUCGUUUGACCAGACAGAAAUUGUAAAGCCAUAUGCUUUUGAGCCAACACCUGAACAUUUCCCGAACUUCAAGAUAAAGUCAAGAUAUGGCGACGAAGAAGAAACAAGCGAAGACCUCUUAUUCGUGUCGUCAGCCUCCGACCCAUCUACUGAACAACCGACGAGACCACUGUGGUGUACAUGUGGUUGCUGUGUGGGAAUGCAGUCUGAGGUAGAGGAGCUGUGUUGUGUUGUUGUUGCUCCUGUCAAGAAUAAGCUUGAUGACACAUCUACCUGCAACUUCAGCUGCAUCACUUACCACCCUGGCCUCUAUGAAGUGUCACUGAGCAAGUAUGGAAUGGAGGCGUACUACAAUGAGUUCAUUGACACCAGUGGUCGGAUAGGAGAUGAUGAACCAGUACACAAGUAG